CUGCCUCUUUCUCCCACCUUUGCUUAGGAUCUCAAUUUUCGUUCGAAUACUUUACGCCCAAAUAAUUGCUACUGAUUUCUGUGUAAUGGAAUCCUUGGAGGCGAGGUCGCGCGAUGUACAGGAGCGAACGUUCUGCAAAUGGCUCAAUACGAAGCUCGAGCUUAAUGGUUAUCCGCCCAUGUCAUCCUUGGUAAAGGAUCUGUCUGAUGGCGUUCGGCUCAUCCAGCUCAUGGAAAUCAUGGGCGACGUGUCUCUUGGUCGAUACAAUAAGGCUCCCCGAAUGCGGAUACAAAAGGCUGAAAAUGUUAAUAAGGCUCUGGAGUUCAUCACUUCAAGAGGUGUUAAACUUACAAAUAUUGGGCCGGAGGAUAUUAUCGAUGGGAACCUGAAACUCAUACUGGGGAUGAUAUGGACUCUUAUUUUACGAUUCACGAUUGCGGAUAUUAGUGAAGAAGGUCUUUCUGCAAAAGAGGGUCUCCUACUCUGGUGUCAACGAAAGACGGAACCUUACAAGGAAGUCAACGUACAAGAUUUUUCACUCAGUUGGUCCGACGGCCUGGCCCUGUGUGCUUUGAUUCACUGUCAUCGACCGGACCUGUUGGAUUAUGAUAAGCUCGAUAAAAAUGACAGGCAUGCUAAUACAAGAUUAGCUUUCCAAGUUGCUGCUGACCACCUGAAUAUUCCGCAACUUCUCGAAGUGGAAGAUUUAUGCGACUCGAACCAUCCUGAUGAACGGAGUGUCAUGACUUAUAUCGCAAGUUUCUUUCAUGCUUUUUCAUCGAUGGACCAAGCGGAAACUGUGUCUCGACGAGUUGACAAAUUUGCCGAACUGAUGCAAUCUGUAUGGUUGUCACGUAACGAUUAUGAGCGCCGCGUCAAGUUGCUUCUUCGUGCCCUUUCGGAAAUCCAAGCGAAAUGGUCCGCAAGUAUGUUUUCAGGUACUUAUAUAGACGCGAAGAGUCACUCUGCCGACUUCAGCACUUACAAACAAACCACCAAGCGGACGUGGGUAACUGAGAAACAGGAUAUAGCGACCUUGUUUGGCAAUGUUCAGACCAAACUGAAGACAUAUGGACUACGGGAGUACGUUCCUCCCAAGGGUCUCGCUCUCUCAGAUCUAGACGAGGCGUGGAAAACUUUGUUGGCUUCAGAGGCGCAACGCUCCCGGUCCAUCAAUGCCCAGAUACGACAGAUCAAGGAAAGGCUGCGAAAACAGUUUGCAGAUGUUGCGAAUGAUUUUGAGCGUCGUUUGCAUCUUAUAUCGUCAGAGCUAGCUGCUGUUGAUGGCCCUCUUGAAGCACAACAACAAGAAAUGCAGCAUAUUCAAACUCGAAUACCAGCCCUCUCGGAGACCCUAGCUGACGUCGCUUCGGCUGAAGCUGAGUGCGCGGCUGCCAAUGUCGAAGAAAACGACUAUACGGUGUUCACUUGUCAGGAUCUAGAGUUUGAGCUAGAGCUUGUUGUGCAAAGUAUUGCCAAAAAGAUUGCUUUCAUCGAUAACCAGAUCGUUUCACGAAACAUGACCAAUCUCACGCCCGCCCAGCUAGAGCAGUUUGAAAGCACGUUUAGGUACUUCGACAAGGACGAGUCGAAUACUCUCAAUCAGUCAGAAAUGACGGCGGCCUUGGCGAGUCUAGGCAUUGUGUAUUCUGACGAGGAUAUGAAUUACAUAUAUGACCAAGUGGUGCAAGAUUACGGGGCUGUGAGCUUCGAGGCCUUCAUUAAUCUUUUGGUGGAUAUAACUGAAGAUCAAACGUCUCCUGAGCAAUUGCGUGAGGCUUUCCGCGGCAUUGCUUCCGACAAGCUUUUCGUAACAGAAUUGGACUUGCGCAUCGCCCACCUUCCGGCAUCAUCCGUGGACUAUUUGAAGGAAGUCAUGCCCGGUGUACAGAACGAGGCGGGGGAACCAGAAUAUGAUUACGAGCGAUGGCUGGACGACGUUUUUGCAUAAACUGUAUAAGUGUUAGUACAUGGAAGAGUAAGAGGAGGGACUUAAGUUCGUUUGAACGGGACUAGUGUUUUAGAUUUGUUUUAUUAGGCGACAAGUAUUGCUGAAAUCAGAGCAGGUAUCUCUGUUGAUGAGUAGUGUAUUUACUUCCUAUUUCUACUUAUAUUCCGAAUGCUUGUUAUAACCCUUACCUAUUUUCUAGCGUUACGCAGGAUUUGACAUUAAACAUUGGAACUUUGCAAUGUCUG